AAAAUAUUAGGCAACAAACUCCAACGCGGAGCCCUUGAAAAUGGAAUUGCCUUCUCUCACGCUUCGCAAUUGUCAAAUUUCUCCAUGGCUAAACAAAGCAGAACCUGCUGGUUUUUGAGUAAUCUUUUUCUCUUGCUCGGAGGAAUAUUUCUGGUUUUACUCUUCUAUCCUAGCCUCUACUCUGCUUCCAUAUUUGAGCUCCGGAGGGGUGCAUCUGUGGCCGGAGAUGGAUUCUCCGGCGAAAUAGACCCGCCGGAUCAAACCUUCUACGACGACCCGAAACUCAGUUACUCCAUCGAGAGACGAAUAGAAAAUUGGGACCAGAAGCGGAAAACUUGGCAGGACCACCACCGACAUCUCUCCGUCCGAUCAGGCGAGCGUGUAUUACUGGUCACCGGAUCACAGCCGUCGCCGUGCAAGAACCGAAUCGGCGAUCACCUUCUUCUGAGACUCUUCAAGAACAAAGUCGACUACUGCCGAAUCCACUGGCACGGCAUUUUCUACAAAAACGCUUACUUACAGCCUAAAAUGGGCUCGUAUUGGGCCAAACUCCCAGUCAUCCGGGCCGCAAUGAUGCCCAUCCAGAAGCGGAAUGGAUCUGGUGGAUGGACUCGGACGCAGUGUUCACAGACAUGGAAUUCAAGAUCCCAGUGGAACGAUACAAGAACCACAACCUGGUGGCCCACGGUUGGCCCAACAUGGUUUACGAGGACAGAGAUAAUAAAAGCUGGACGGGCCUGAAUGCGGGAGUAUUGCUGAUAAGAAACUGUCAAUGGUCGAUGGAGUUAAUGGACUCAUGGG